AUGGCGAUACAAGACCAUCACUUUUGGGUCCUGUCUCUCGACGGCGGCGGUGUUCGCGCGUUAUCGUCUCUGAUCAUAUUGAAUCGAUUAAUGCGCGAAGCCGGAAAAGAACCCGCAGCAGUAUUUACGGCUGCCGUUGGCACAAGCGGAGGAGGGUAUGUAUGGCUCGGAGACAAUAAUCCCCGUGCUUUGGUUUUGCUCAACGCUCUCAUGAUAGGAAGACUUGGCUUGGAGCUGACAGCCUGCCAGCAACAGUUUCUCAUUUUGUCCCGCGAGGUAUUCCAGCACCGUGAACCAUGGUACAUGCUUCGGGGCAUUCUUAGACCUCGAUAUUCACAUCUCCGUAUGGAGGAGGAGAUAAAAAGGGUGAUAGAGGUCGCAAUGCUGGACCGAAAUGUGCUCAUGCAGGCAGCUGCAGCUGCACAUACCAGCAUGGCACACACCGGUAUCAACUGCGAAGUUUGGAAAGCCAGUCGGGCGACAAGCGCUGCCCCGACUUGCUUCCCUCCCCAAGACAUCGGAACCGCGAGCUACGUGGAUGGAGGCCUAGGGUUCAACAAUCCCAUUCAGACCAUCAGCGAUGAAUACAAGCACCUUGGCUUCCAAGACGUAGACGAGAAACGCAUCACCUACGUCAGCAUUGGUACCGGGAAGCCAAGCAACAACGAGCUUGAUCGCGCAAGACAGUUCUGGCGACAGCGACCCAAAUCCUUCCGUUGGUCAGCGCUCCAGCGGUUUCUUGCAUUUCUGCCUCCACAUACUCGAGAGGCCCAACUAGCUGGGUACUUGAAAGCUCAGAAAGCCUGGAACGUUUUGCUUGAUCUAGCCGAGGAAGAAAAUGCACACCUCUCAUUCCAAAUAGCUGUAGGUCAGGACCCUCCAGGCACGAAGAGGUACUUCCGGUUUAAUUGUGAUAAAGAAUUUGACGUGCUUGAUGAUGGUCGUGGUCUCUGCGACAUCGCAUUGGAUGGAUACGAGGAUUUGCAGAACAUUGAAGAUGUCACCAACAUGUAUCUUCGACGUGAGCCAGCGGAGAUUGACCAAUGUGUAGAACAGCUACGAGUGCAUGCAAGGACUAUCGCGUUUGUUGCCUAA